AAAGGCACACUGAAGAACUGGGUACCCCAUUGACACGUCAGAAUGAGUGGGGGAGUCAAUCUGAAGUCAGCCCCCCGAGGGACGUCCUCGUCAGGAAUCCCCCUUCCGCGCAACCUGCUGCCCACCUCUCCAAAGACAGGUCGACCCCGCCAGGCUAGUGACCUGCACAAGCCCUUGACACUGACCCCUAAGCCGACACCCACACACACACCCUCUCACUCUCCUGUACUUUGUCCACGAAACUCGAGCAUCCCUGGGCCUUCAUCAAAAGGCCUUGUGAGAGACACCAGUCUGAAAGGUCAGUUUUUCCAGCGGACAGGAGCUCUCCCUGUUCCCCAGGUAUCCCGCUCUGCCUAUAGCAGCCCAAUGACCCAGCGCAGACUACCACCACCACACUCAAAAGACACACUGGAUCUGAGAAAAGCUACAGCUGCUUACAUCCCCUCACAGUUCCCACACAAUGGUAAUUAUAACAGAAGCACCUUCACCAAUAAGAACCAAGCAUGGGGAGCCAGCAACCUGCAUCCACCUCCCCAUUUUAGAAGAGGAGGCAAUUCCAACACUGUAGCCCAAGAAGCUAAUGAUAGCAUACCAACAAGGGCAGGAAGACCCCCAGAAAACCAUUUACCUCAGUCCCCUACAGUCAACAAUAGUAACAUUUACCCAACAGUUCUCCAGUCAAGCUACGAGAAUGCCAUCAGAACUCACAAUGACUCUGCCAGCCAAUCAGACGAGGACAUGGGGACUCCUGAGGACAGCAGUCCAGCCUCUUCUCCUGAUCCCCCGCCGCUACCUUUUAUCGCAUUCACCACGCCUGUUAUUGCCAGUAUUAAAACACAGGAUCAAAACCUACACAAGGAGGGUGCAGACAUGUGCAUACCCAGAGUCAACAUGGCGACUGUGGCUCCCUUCAGUUACAGGCUGCAGAUACAGGAAGGUGAUUUUUCAGUAGACGAACUAAGUGACUGCUCAUCUGGAUCCAUUGAAGUCUGCUGUGAUGACCUGACACCAGGAGGGAUGGUGGAGGCUAAUGUGGCUAGCAUUAGCUUGACUGCUAAGCCCAGAGUGCUGGACCUGAGGUCUGCAGUUGUCUCCUGCCAGGAUACUUCAGCUCAGGCCAUGGCCUCUAGGAAGCCACAGGCCAAACCCUCAGGUCUUCCCCAGGGGCCUCCACGUCCCCCUGGGUCUGAGCUCAAGGUUUACCGACCCACCUCUGGAUCUAUCCCCAUUCCAAUUCCCAAUCCAUCCAGGCUCCGCAAGCAGCGAUCACUUAACAACUUGUGUGUGCUCACUGAUGCUGAGAAGAAAAUGCACCUGUAUCAAUCACCUCAAUGGAAUGACGAUACAAGUCGACCUGGCACAGGGUCCAACAAAGCGGGCCAGACCAAGACAGGUCCAGCAGCUGGUGGGAGACCUCCGCUCUCCCGGACACUUUCAAAGUCAGAACAAUCGCUAUUCCAGGGGAAGCCCAAAUCAUUCUGUUCCCCGGCUGUAUCAAGCGUGGGAAAGCCAAGUCGAAUACCUGCACCUGGUAAACCACGGGGACCUUAUGCUGAGGUUAAGCCCAUCAGCAAGGCUACUGAGGGGAGCCAGAACACAGACAUGGACCCUGCUGAGCACCUUUCUAAAGCUAACUCCAAUGGAGCUGGUAAUACUGGAACUAAUGGAAAGAAACCAGGGGAGAAGGGGAAAUCUGGACCUCAGUCAACAGAAGAAAAGAAAGAAAAAAAGGGGACAGAGGGCGAAGAUGAUAAGGGCUUUCUGAAGGUGGACCCAGAGUUAGUUGUGACAGUUUUGGGAGACCUGGAACAGCUGCUUUUCAGCCAAAUGCUGGACCCAGAGUCCCAGAGGAAAAGGACCGUGCAAAAUGUUCUGGAUCUUCGACAGAACCUGGAGGAAACCAUGACCAGCCUGAGGGGGGUUCAGCUCAGUCACAGCUGUGUCGAGGGAACCAUGUGCUACGACAGCGAUGAAGCUGCUGCCUUCUCAAUUUCUAGCCUCUCGAAUCGCUCCUCUCCUCUGUCAUGGCGUCAGGGUCAAGCUAGCCCCCGUCUACAGGCUGGUGAUGCUCCAUCCACAGGCAACACCUCCUCAGAUGUUCCCCUCCGAAUCAAUCACAUGCCACGUAUCCACCUCAUCGAAGACCUGGUUGAGUCUGAUACUUCCUUAUUGAAGGGAGAUUACCUAAGUGAUAGUGACCUUGGAGGGAAGAGCCCAAACGAUGAUGAUGAGGAUGAUGAUGAUGAUGAUGAUAUUGAUGAUCUGGGAAAUGGUUGGGAUGAGAGCAGUUCCAUCAGCAGUGGACUGAGCGACGGCUCAGACAACCUGAGCUCCGAAGACUUCAACACCAGUCCCACUCUCAACUCCCUCCCCACCACUCCCAUUGGCUCCCGCAGAAACUCAACCAUUGUGAUGCGAACAGAUGCAGAAAAGAGAUCUCUAGUGGAGAGCGGUCUGUCCUGGGACUCCGAUGAUAACAAACCCGGCCGCAAGAGUCAAGGCAGAAGCGGCUACGAUACAGGAAGUCUAAAGUCUGAAUCUGCCAAUAAAUGGAAGAAAACCCGACUGCAAGGGGAUGGGCUGGAGGCAGGGAAACGUGAACUGAAGAAACCGCAGAGCUUGGGUCAAGGAAAUGUGUUAAAAAAGGGAAGAAACCCACCUGUGGGAGUCACAUCCCCAAUUACACACACAUCUCAGAGUGGCCUGAAAGUAGCAGGCUCUGUGAAAUCAGAUGGGAAGCCCAUGGAUAAAUCUCGAUUAGCUAUGAAGACUUCAGGACUUCAGCGCUCCUCCUCUGAUGCUGGUAAAGACCACCGAAAUGGCACUGGAGCUGGUGAGCAGCGCAAACCUCCAUCUGGCUUGGUCAGGCCUUCAACUGGUGGAAACUUCGGUUUCAAGAAGACCACCACAGCAAGUAGUAAUGGCACAAACAAUGCCACUACACCUUCUGUAACAGGUACAAGUGUGAACUCCACAGCUAGCGGGUCUGCAGCAGCUGGAAAGAUUCCCAAAAUGUCUGGUAUUCCUGUCAAGCCAGGUGCAGGUGGUGGAGGACGUAAGACAAGUCUAGAUGUUUCAAGCAGUGACCAAAGUGGUUUCCUGUCUCCAAACGCCAGGACAUCUCUCCAGUACCGCUCUCUGCCUCGCCCUGCAAAAACAAAUACCCUGACUCUAACCAGGCCGAGCUCAGCUCGACCAAUCAGCACCACCAUGGACACAGGCUCUGGACUAAUGAAACCUUCCACCACAGCACCACAGGGCUCGAAGCUCAAAGAGCCUGCCUCUGGGAUCAUUUCUGGAACAGGGUUGAGUAGGGCAGGUGGGCGUGGGAUCCCGAGUCCCAGCCCUGUCAAUCAAACAGACAGAGAAAAAGAGAAAGAGCGAGCCAAAGCUAAAAUUGUUGUAUCUGACUCUGAGUGUGGAGGUGGCUCUCUGAAGGGAAGUCCAGCUCAGACUCCCUCAGACAAUGGAGGAAAGCCACAUGGGCUGAGACCUCCCAGCAGUGGAAAGAGCAUGGAUCUGCCCUCACCCAGCACACACAGGUUGUCUGGGAUGCGCAGCCUCACAAAGCCUCCAUCCAUGGUCCAGCUGGACAAGUUGAACUCCAAUAGCCUAGAGAUAGAGGUGCAGGACGCCUUGCCUCCAAAGAUCCCUCCCUACUCCAAGCUCCAAGACCUCUGUGGUUCAGGAGGCAGCUCCAACAGCACCUGUUUGACCCCCAGCCCCGCCCCUUUACUCAAUGUGAACUCAUCAGCUUGCUUUUCCAGCUCAGGCAUCGGUUUGGGACCCAGACAGGUCACUUCCCUCGGGGUUGUAGGGAGUGAAGGGAGCACCUCUCCUCUGCUCUACCCUCGCGUGUCUGGGCUGCAUCGUAGUAUGGAGUCUCUGCCACUCCAGAUGAGUCUAGCCCCAGAGCCCCAGGAGAGAGAAAAGGAUAGGGGGAGGGAAACUUUGACUAGAGACUACACCACCUUAGAAUCCCGAGACAAAGAGAGACAGAAGGACAGAGGCCCUCCCUCUAACUGGAGCUCUGGAAAUAAAGUCUCACUGCCUCUCACGGACAGUUCUCAGAGAGACAGAAACACACUGCCAAAGAAAGGUUUAAGUUUCAACGGCGCUUCCCAGGUUGAGGAGGAAGGAAAGGAGAAAGGAGAGAGGAGGCACUCUCAUACUGCUCUCAGCAUGACUGAUUCACUCACUCUUCCAUUGCUGUCCUCACCCACCUCCCUACCCCGCACUUGUAAGACUACCAUGGUAUCUAGCCCUGUUGGUGGACCUCCAAGAAUGACUCGGUCCAACAGCAUCCCAACCCACGAUGCCUCCAUGGAGCUAUAUGGGGCAUCGCCGCUGGGCAGCACACUGUCACUAGCUGAUCGUCCACGCAGCAUGGGGAUGGUUCGAUCCGGAUCCUUCAGGGACAGGGAGCCCAAUGACGAAGUUCACGGCUCUGUACUCUCCCUGGCAUCCAAUGCCUCAUCAAGCUACUCUUCGGUGAGUCCGGUCAGCAUGCAGACUCAGGCUGAGGAAAGGAUUCAGGGAGAGCAAAUCCGCAAGCUGAGGCGAGAGCUGGAAUCGUCGCAGGAGAAGGUGUCUUGCCUGACCACACAGCUGACAGCAAACGCAAAUCUGGUGGCUGCCUUUGAACAAAGUUUGGCGAUGAUGACAUCUCGGCUGCAGAGUCUAUCAAUAAGCCAUGAACAGAAGGAUUCAGAGCUGGUAGAGCUGCGGGACACCAUCGAUGCUCUGAAAGCCAGGAAUGAAGAGGCACAGGCUGUCAUCCAUGGAGCCUUAAACAACCCAGAUAACAUGAAAGACCUGCGUAUUCAACGUCAAAACUCAUGUGAGAGCAUCUCCAGUUUGAAUAGCUUGACCAGUAUGUCGAGCGUUGGCAGCCUCAAGGAUCAAGAUGCCAAGAAGAAAAAGAAGAAGAGCUGGGUCUUUGAGUUGAGGAGCUCCUUUAACAAGGCUUUCAGCAUAAAGAAAGGCUCCAAAACCUACUCAGAUAUUGAGGAAAUCGUUACCCCCGACUCCUCAGCUCCCAACUCCCCAAAGAUGGCUCAUGAAGGAGGAGAAGCAGGCGAGAACCAACCUUUAGCCUCUUCCACCUCUUCAGUGAUCAUGGAAACAGCAGAAGAGGGAGACAAUGGUGACACAGCAGUAUCAGAGUUACGCUCAGAGCUCUGGGAGAAAGAGAGGAAACUUACAGACAUCCGGUUAGAGGCCUUAAACUCUGCACAUCAGCUGGAGCAGCUCAGAGAGGCUAUGAACAACAUGCAGUCAACUGUGGAGAACCUAAAGGCAGAAAAUGACCACUUGAAAACUGGAAGUUUGCUCCAUCUCCCUGGCUCUGGUCCCACCUCCUCCACCUCUCAGCCUUCAGGCCUGGCCUCUCUCCUGGGACCCUCAGUGAGGCAGCCAAUGAGCAUGUCCUUUACCAAGUCCUUCAGUCUUAGCCUGAAUGAUUGUAAAGAUUCAGAAGUGUGUCCGGAUGACUUCCAAAGUGUGUCAUCUCAGCGUGAAGAGUUAUGUGCAAAAGUCCUGGUCCGCACCGGAGAUCAUAAAGAGGAAAUUAAGCAGCAGCAGGAGUUUUAUCUGGGUUUAGUACCAGUUAGUGUGAGGACUGACUGGACCUUGCUGGACUCACUCAUUGCAAAGAGCUUCAAAGACUACUUAAGUCAAGUGGACCCAACUGCCAGCCUGGGCCUGAGCUGUGACUCUCUGCACAUGUAUCAGCUUUCCCAGGGAGGGGAGAGGGUCAUAGGAGAGGAUAGUCCCCAGGUCUCACCAUAUCGAUGUCUCGGCAGUGGUCCUGCUAGAAUUUUUGUUACCUUGAAAGGUCUCAGAGAAAAAUGUGUUGACUCACUGGUGUUUGAGACUCUGAUUCCUAAGCCCAUGAUGCUGCACUACAUCAGCCUGCUGAUGAAACACAGACGUCUGAUUCUGUCUGGACCCAGUGGGACAGGAAAGACAUAUCUCGCCCAGCAUCUGGCCCAUUAUCUCCUUCAGCGCAGCCAGAUCGACUCAUCUGAGGGUAACCACGAGCCAUGUGUCCUGGGUCGCAGUGCUGCUGUUACCUUCAAUAUGCACCGCCAGUCGCAGAAGGAUUUGCAGUUGUAUCUGGCAAAUCUAGCAAAUCAGAUUGAUAGGGAGAACGUAGGAGAGCUGCCAUUGGUUGUUAUCAUAGAUGACAUCAGUGAUUCAGCUGCGAUCACUGAGCUUGUUAAUGGAGCGCUCACCUGCAAGUAUCACAAAUGUCCUUACAUUAUUGGUACAAGCAACCAGCCUGUGAAGAUGACAUCUAACCAUGGGCUGCACCUCAGCUUCAGGAUGGUGAUGUUCUCCAACAAUGUGGAACCAGCAAAUGGGUUCCUGCUGCGGUACCUGCAUCGAAAAGCCAUGGAGGCCUAUCAGGCGGAGGAGCAGGACUCAACACGCCACCAGGCUCUCCUACGUAUUCUUGACUGGAUCCCUCAGCUCUGGUACCACCUCCACACUUUCCUGGAGAAACACAGCACAUCGGAUUUCCUCAUAGGUCCCUGCUUCUUCCUGUCAUGCCCAGUGUCCGUGGCAGAGUUCAGGCAGUGGUUCAUUGAUUUGUGGAAUCACUCCAUCAUACCAUACCUGCAGGAGGGAUCCAAAGACGGUAUCAAGGUGCAUGGUCACAAGGCAGUGUGGGAGGAUCCAGUGGAGUGGGUGAGAGGUACCCUUCCCUGGCCCAAUGCACAGCAAGACCAGUCCAGGCUGUUUCACCUACCUCCUCCUAGCAUAGGUUCAUCAAUUGAGGAGAAGAAGCCCCCCAAAGAUACACCUCCACCCAGUACACUGGAGUCAGACCCUCUGAUGGCCAUGCUGCUGAAACUCCAGGAGUCAGCCAACUACAUUGAGUCUCCAGAGAGGGAAGGCUGUCUGGAUCCCACUUUGCAGGCUACACUCUGAGCUGGCUGCACAUAAAACUUAGAAACUAUGGACAUGGCAGACAUAAGUGCAGUCCCAAUGAGAAUUCAUAAAGACUCAGAAAUGAACUGUAUUGUGUGCUCAGUGAGCAGUUAUAAAGCUAAAUGUAAAGGGGGUGAUUAUGGACAAACUGCUUUUAUAGGAAGCUGUGAUGAUCAUGUCGAGGGAGGGAGAAAUGGACUUGUCCUUCCUCUUGCCUCAGCUCAUCCCAGAUGGGUUGUUGUUGAAUCUGCAAGUGCAUGGUGACCGGAAUAGUAUGAUGCAAAAUAUUACCUAUAAUCCUGCUGAUCAAGACCUGUUUGUUCCCUUUUCUUUUUGUUCAACAGCCACAAACUUCACAAAUACUGGUGCUCACUGGUUUUCUUGGAAGACGCACAUUUCAUCUUUAGAGGAUAACCAACCUGUCUGACCGCCAGUCGAUGACAGCCAAAAUGCACUUUAUUUUUUACUUGUGAAAAUUGGGUUUUAGGGGGCUGUGUCAGUGACUGUGGGUCCGUGACUGUGGGUCAAAUGGGGGUCUAUUAUUUUAGCCAAAAUGUGCAGUUUAUAAGAAAUUCCAGUAGAUGGCAGUAUUUAUUAACCUCUGCCUCAGUUCUCUGAUGUGCUCCUGUUUUUUCAAAGGUGCUCAGUAGAAAACCAUACACCUUUAAGAAACACAAUUAUAAACAUGGCCUUGAAUGUUUUCUUCUUUUCAGCUUAGCCAUUUUGUUUGUAAUGAGUCAAAUAGUUGACCUGUGAAGGUGUAAGAGGAACAUGCAUGUACGAGUAAUGAAUCAGUUUCAGGGUGAACAGAAAGAAUGGAAAUGCAACAGUUGAGACAUAAAAAUGCUUGUUGAUCAAGUCUCCCAUUAUUGACUAUGCUUGCAUACAGUAUAUUCUGUAUUUAAAAAACAAAAAAACUUGUAAAUGCUGAAGAAAGUCUUGACUUUUUUGUAGGAUUUUGUACUAAGUCGUCUUCAGUAAUUGCCUCUCCUUCUUUAUGAACACAAAACAUGACCAAGUCAGAGAGCCGUUGACAGCAAAAAGCGCUGUGGUUGUAACUGUCAAAUCAUUUUUUCAUACACCAUGCCACAAGGGGAAGUAGAUAAAAUUAAACAACAAAAAACACUUUACAUGAAACGUUUUCCUUCCUCUUUGCAUUAUCUCUUAAAAUCCUGUGGUCAUGUUACUUUUAAUCAAAUUGGAGAUGUUUUUCUUUGCACAAGUUUUAAUUUAUAAAAAUGAUUUAAUCAUAAUUUAACUGACUUCCCCAUUUUCCUUUCCUUUAAUGAUUUGCUUAUAAUAUUUCCUAGAAAGUACUAGAUUACAGUAUUUAUUGUUCACAUUAUGACUGUUGUGUGACGAAGGAAGAAAGUUCUAUAAGAGGAGGGCGCAGCUGGUUUUAGAGAACUCUGUGCCCCUUCAUCCUUUAGUACCUCAGACUGCCAUGUUCUGUGCAGAUGUUCCUUUACUUCCCACUGAAGGUGCUGGUGUAAAGUAGAGACGUGAUGCCUAAGUCUAUCUGUGCCUGAAACACAAUUUGGCCUAAAGCUGCCACUGAGCUGCUUAGAUCUCGCACAUGGAGGCCUCAAAUAGGAGGAAACAUGAGUGCUUCCUCUCACCUACUCUGAUGUCACUUUAAGUUGUCACCUAGAUGGCCAUAUUUUAGUGUAGAGUGGGUUAUCAAUUUGGACCUUUGGAGGUAGAUAAGCUGUUAAUACAGAUGACAUGUGUGUCCGUUAGCUCUGCAGUGAAUGAGAUUGUGUGCCAUGACUGGGCUGCUUUUAAACUUGAGUGUGAAAGGCUUGACAUUUUGGGGGAAUUGCCUGGGGGCAACAAGCAGUUUUAGAACAGAUUUCAGCCUUGAGAUAUAACGCUGAUGCGUUGAUCCCUGGUUUGUUCCAAAUAUUUUCUUUCAUUGGACCUACCAUGCUUAAACUUUAUCAUGGAAGAGAUUUUUAAUAACUGGAUAUCUUCCUGUUUUCAUGUUUUUAAAAGCAGACAUUUAUUUUUUUCUUUUUUUUUUCUUAUGCAAAUAUUUGUAAAGGUUUCUUUCUCUUUUGUACAUGACAUCACUAUUUUAAACACUGUAAAUACUUACUGCAUCUGCGACAACAAUCACUUAAGCUGAAAGAUAUAAGCAAAGCCUGGGCCCUGUGUGCAGAAACUGAUCGUCUUCCUCCAGCAGGAAGGAGUACUUGGCUUAAAUGUGGGCUUAAUGGAUGUAUGGCAUGUGUCUAUAACUACAUCAAAUCCCAUAUAUCUAACAUCGAGCAAUGGACAUAAUAAAGUCAUUCAUUCUUCACACCACUA